GCUUCACUGGUGGGAAGAUCAGCAAGGUUGUAGAGUAUCCGGAGUACUUGGAUCUUCGCCCAUACAUGUCUCAGGCAGAUGGAGAACCACUCCUCUACUCCUUAUAUGCUGUCCUGGUGCACAGUGGUGCCAGCUGUCAUGGAGGACACUAUUUCUGCUACACAAAGGCCAGCAAUGGAUUGUGGUACCGGAUGGACGAUGAAUCUGUGGAGCUGUGUUCCAUUGACACAGUUCUCAGGCAGCAAGCCUACCUGCUGUUCUAUGCCAGAUGCUCUGAUCUGAGAAUUGGAGAAAGGCCUUCUUCCUCACUGGCACCAUCACAUGCCCCUUCCUUCCUCAGCCAGUGUGUGGCCAGCAGCAAGCAGGCGGGCUCUGUUGGACCACAGGGUCUGACUGGUAGGACUAAGGGCAUGAAGUACACUGGCAGGGAGCGGUCCCGGAGCAGAUCCCCUCUGUGGGGCAGGGAUCUCCGCAGCUGGUCUGUGGACACCGCAGACUAUGAUGACUCUUCAGAGAGAAGAACUGGUCCUCCAAGUCGUGACCGUGGUCCUAGGGAUAGCACAGCUGCCAGGCCUUCCAAGAGGAUCUGCCGGUGGGCUCCCGCUCCCAGGGCUGCUCAGGAGCAAACCUUGCUGAGGCAGAGGGAGCCAAGCAGAUCUGUGCGGGGAACUUACAACCUUCGCAGCCGGUUUGUGCAGUACACAGACUAUGACCGCUCACUGCGGAAGAGAAAGAGGGAGAGAACAAGUCCUCCACGUUGUGACCAAGUCUUAGUGAAUACUGCAGUUCCAGGGCCCUCCAAAGCCAGCUCCAAGCAGGCUCUCAUGCUCCGGGCUGCUCGGGAGCAAACCCCACAGAGGCAGAGAGAGCAGAGAAGAUCAACAGGGCGGGGCUAUGAUUGCCACAGCCAGUUUGUGCAGUACACAGACUACCGCCCUUCAGAGAAGAAGAGGAGGGUUUCCAUGCCCCAGAGAUUCACGUCAGACAAGCAUUCAGGGCACUCUGGCAAUGAUGGCGUUGGAUUAUGGCCCUGGCUCAAGCAGAACGGAAGACUAGCACUGCGUUUAUUAGCGAAGGCAUCCUUGUUUUCGACACGCCUUCUCAGACCUAAGUGAAUGAUUUAGCUAAGUAGAUGAUAGUUAUAAUAAUAUAGAAAUAUUAUUAGAAAUAUAGAAAUAUAU